AUGCCCUCGUGUAGGAACACCAAUGAGCUCGUCGACCUGGUAACACGGAGCCGGACGGUGCUGUCGUCCUUUGCGAAGGCAAAGACGGCGAAACUCGUACGGCAACUCCUCGACCUCUUCCGUGACAUCCCCAACACCACCGAUACCCAGAUUGCCGUGACCAAGUCGUGCAUAGAAUGGGCAACGUCGGAGCGCCGCGGCUUCCUGCGCCAGAACCUCGAGACACGGCUGGUCACUCUCUAUAUGGCCAAACAGGCGUACUACGACGCACUGACGCUCAUCAAUGGCCUGCUGCGCGAGCUCAAGCGCCUGGACGACAAGCUGGUGCUGGUCGAGGUGCAGCUUCUCGAGUCGCGCGUGUACCACGCACUCGGAAACGUGUCCAAGGCGCGUGCGGCACUCACCAGUGCCCGCACGAGUGCCGCCUCCGUCUACACCCCGCCGCUGCUGCAGGCCAACCUGGACAUGCAGUCGGGCAUGCUGCACGCCGAGGACAAGGACUUUAACACGGCAUUCAGUUACUUUAUCGAGGCGCUCGAUGGCUACCACACGCAGGACGAGCCCGCCAAGGCCACGGCGGCCCUGCAGUACAUGCUACUGUGCAAGAUUAUGCUGAACCUGUCAGAUGACGUGAACCAGCUGAUGGUUUCGAAGCAGGCCGUCAAGUACGCGGGCCAAAGCCUCGAGGCCAUGAAGGCCAUUGCGCGCGCGCACGCCAACCGCUCGCUCGAGGAGUACGAGCGCGCACUGGUCACAUACCGCUAUGAGCUGGGCGGCGACGCUUUUGUGCGCAACCACCUGCGCCGCCUGUACGACUCGAUGCUGGAGCAGAACCUGAUCAAGGUCAUUGAGCCUUUUUCGCGCGUCGAGAUCGACCACAUUGCCACCAUGGUCGGCUUGGACACCCAGCAGGUCGAACGCAAGCUGUCCCAGAUGAUCCUAGACAAGGUCAUUAUCGGCGUGCUGGACCAGGGCGCGGGAUGUCUGAUUAUCUACGACGAGACGGAGCGCGACGAGAGCUACGAUGCGGCACUGGCGACCAUUGACAAGCUGAGCAACGUGGUGGACGUGCUGUACACCAACCAGGCGUCAAUGCUGGAGUAG